CUUCCCAGUCCUUCCCACCCUCAGUCUCCUGUGCCUCGGAAUACUGGGAACCUAAACCAGAGUCCAGGAGCCCCCAAUAUAGGAACCAAGAGAGACCCUCUUCUGCUGACCUGAGAAUACACGCCUCCACUCUGGUUCAAUCCUCUGUUCAUGAGACAAUGAACCAGAAGACCACCCUGGUGCUCCUCAUUCUGGCGGUCAUCACCAUCUUCGCUUUGGUGUGUGUCUUGCUGGCUGGCAGGGGAGGAGGUGGGGGUGAACCCAGCCUGCCUUCCCACUGCCCCUCCAUAUCUCCCAGUGCCCAGCACUGGGCACCCCCCGGCCAGAGCCAGUUAUUUGCAGACCUGAGCGCAGAGGAGCUGGCGGCUGUGAUGAGCUUUCUGACCCAGCAGCUGGGGCCAGGCCUGGUGGAUGCAGCCCAGGCCCGCCCCUCAGACAACUGCGUCUUCUCGGUGGAGCUGCAGCUGCCCCCCAAGGCUGCAGCCUUGGCCCACCUGGACAGGGGGAGCCCCCCGCCUGCCCGGGAGGCACUGGCCAUCGUCUUCUUUGGCAGACAACCCCAGCCCAACGUGAGUGAGCUGGUGGUGGGGCCACUGCCCCACCCCUCCUACAUGCGGGAUGUGACUGUGGAGCGUCACCGGGGGCCCCUGCCCUAUCACCGCCGCCCCGUGCUGCUCCGAGAGUACCUGGACAUAGACCAGAUGAUCUUCGACAGAGAGCUGCCCCAGGCAGCUGGUCUCCUCCACCACUGCUGCUUCUACAAACGCCAAGGAAGGAACCUAGUGACAAUGAACACAGCUCCCCGGGGUUUGCAAUCAGGAGACAGAGCCACUUGGUUUGGCCUGUACUAUAACAUCUCAGGGGCUGGGUUUUACCUGCACCCUGUGGGGUUGGAGCUGCUUGUAGACCACAAGGCUCUGGACCCUGCCCGCUGGACCAUCCAGAAGGUGUUCUUCCAAGGCCGCUACUAUGAGAGUCUGGCUCAGCUGGAAGAGCAGUUUGAGGCUGGCCUGGUGAAUGUGGUGCUGAUCCCAGACAAUGGCACAGGUGGGUCCUGGUCCCUGAAAUCCCAGGUGCCCCCAGGUCCGGCUCCCCCUCUGCAGUUCCAUCCCCAGGGCCCCCGCUUCAGUGUCGAGGGGAGUCGAGUGGCCUCCUCAUUGUGGACUUUCUCUUUUGGCCUCGGAGCUUUCAAUGGCCCGAGGAUCUUUGACAUCUGCUUUCAGGGAGAACGGCUAGCGUAUGAGAUCAGCCUCCAAGAGGCCUUGACCAUCUAUGGUGGGAACUCCCCCACAGCAAUGCUGACCCGCUAUAUUGAUGGCAGCUUCGGCAUGGGCAAGUACUCCACGCCCCUGACCCGUGGGGUGGACUGUCCCUACCUGGCCACCUACGUAGACUGGCAUUUCCUUUUGGAGUCCCAAGCCCCCAAGACACUACGAGAUGCCUUUUGUGUGUUUGAACAGAACCAGGACCUCCCUCUGAGGCGACACUACUCAGAUAUACACUCCCAUUAUUUUGGGGGCCUUACAGAGACAGUGCUGGUCAUCAGAUCUGUGUCCACCUUUCUCAAUUACGACUAUUUGUGGGAUAUGGUCUUCCACCCCAAUGGAGCCAUAGAAGUCAAAUUCCAUGCCACUGGCUACAUCAGCUCAGCAUUCCUCUUUGGUGCUGCCCGAAAUUACGGGAACCAGGUUGGGGAGCACACGCUGGGCACCGUCCACACCCACAGCGCCCACUUCAAGGUGGAUCUGGAUAUAGGAGGACUGGAGAACUGGGUCUGGGCUGAGGACAUGGUCUUUGUCCCCAUGGCGGUCCCCUGGAGCCCUGAACACCAGAUGCAGAGGCUGCAGGUGGCUCGGAAGCUGCUAGAGACGGAGGAGCAGGCUGCCUUCCCCCUGGGGAGUGCCCCCCCUCGCCACCUGUACCUGGCCAGCAACCACAGCAACAGGUGGGGUCACCCACGGGGCUACCGCAUCCAGAUGCUCAGUUUGGCUGGAGAGCCGCUGCCCCAGAACAGCUCCAUGGAGAGAGCCUUCAGCUGGGGGAGGUACCAGCUGGCCGUGACCCAGCGGAAGGAGGAGGAGCCCAGCAGCACCAGCAUCUUCAAUCAGAACGACCCUUGGGCCCCCACCGUGGACUUCACUGACUUCAUCAACAACGAGACCCUUGUUGGAAAGGACUUGGUGGCCUGGGUGACAGCUGGUUUCCUGCACAUCCCACAUGCAGAGGACAUUCCCAACACAGUGACUGUGGGGAAUGGUGUGGGCUUCUUCCUCCGACCCUACAACUUCUUUGACCAGGACCCCUCCUCCGAUUCUGCUGACUCCAUCUAUUUCCGGGGGGACCAGGAUGCUGGGGCCUGUGAGGUCAACCCCCUGGCUUGCCUUCCCAAGGCUGCUGACUGUGCCCCCGACCUCCCUGCCUUCUCUCAUGGGGGCUUCUCUCACAAUUAGGCGGUCCCCGGGCUGGGGGAUGUGUCCAGGGGCCCCAGGACCAGGGUGUGUGGGGAGGGGGAGCAGUGGGCACUGGGUUGGCAGGCGGGGGCCCUCUUCUCCUUCUUCACAUCCUUGAGGUUCCUUCCUCCUCCUUCCCCAAGGUCACCUCCUGACAUCUUCCUUUGCUUUCCCUCUUUACUGGGAGCAUCCUGAGCCUGUGAUGCUGGCAGUGGGGGGACACAGGGGAGACCCAGCUUUGUUGCCACCAGACCUGCUGGGUUUCUAGGAGCUUGCAGUGAUAGUUAAGCUUUUUACCAGAAGACUCCCCCCCUUUUUCUUCCGGGCUUUUCCAAAUAUUUUUAGACUGCCUCCAGGUCCCUCCUGGCCUCCCCAGUGCCUGCCUGGGGAGCUGAAGAUAGGUCUCUGCAGUGGAGAUGGUCCCCUAGAGGCCCCAGGGCAGGGUUUCUGCCAGGCGAGUUCAGGCGUGGGCGAGCUGGAAGGCGCUUGUUGGCCCCCGUUCCCUCUCAUCCAAGCCCUUUUCUUUCUUCCCCUCUUCCUCUUGCCUACCACCUCCACUUGUUCCUACUUUUUCCUAUAUUCUGGGAUUUCCCUCCCAGCCCUCAUUUCUCACCUUCAGCCUCCUCUCCUGGCCCUAGGCCUGUGGAAGUCUCAAAAUGCAAGGGACAUCUAGUUUGGGAGGACAAUCCUUGUCUUUCUCCCUGUGUCUGUCACAUACAGGGGGAGUAGGAGUUGUCCCCACCCCAGUCCUGGGCAGGGUGGGUCUCUCUGCCCAUUUGUAUACCCCUGCCUUGCAUUCUCAGCAGAGGAUGGUCAUGGAGACAGCUGCUGCUCAGGUUAGCAUUUUAGGUGAUUUUGUGGGUGCAGUGGUAAUGAGGAGUGGUCAUUUUGUGCCAGGGCUGUGUGUGACCAGUGACAUCUGUCUUCUGCAGCAGCCAACAUGGGAGACUGGGUAGGAACCGAGGGUGAGAAGCAGAAAUACCCAGGAGCUCCAGCGACCAAGUGGGCCAGGGCUAUCCAAUCACAUGCUGGCAUCCAAGUGAGCUGGAGCUUAGUGCCUCAGGGAGUCUGGGUUGGGGCGAAUAUACUAGAAGGGAGGGUCUGGAAAGGACAGGACUGGUUCAAUUCCUACAGCCCUACAGUGCAAUACUGCACAGCUAUAAAUGCAAUUAUAUCUCAUUGUAUACUAAUAGUGUGUAUGGUGUACUUCCCAUUUGUGGUUUAGAAGGGAGGAAAAUAUAAAUAUAGAUUUGCUUAUAAAUGCAUAUUCAGAAGAAAUGGUUGCUUCUGGAACGGGAACUGGAGGCUGGGGACAGGGGAGGGAGGGGACUUAGCACUGUAUACCCUUUUGUACAUUUUGAAUUUUGAACCAUGUGACUAUGUUACCCAUUCAAAUUAAAUAAUAAGUGGACCUAAACAGGAUCUGACUUUUUUUUUUUUUAACUGAUAAGUCUUUUAGGACAGGUCAGGGGUAGCGGAGGGUAAAGGGAGUUAAGGGAUGGGCCUCCGGACUUAACUUUUUUAAGUUUUUGAGACCGAGAGAAAUGGGCAUGGCCUAUGGUAACUCCUUUACCUCCUUUUGCUUGUCUAUCUCCGAAUAAAGUGUUAAACUUCA